UGCAUGCAACUAUGACGAAAUUUGAUACACUUACCCUAACUAUUUAUACCAAAUAAUGUAUGAAAACGGAAAAAAUCUGAGUUACGCCUUAUUUUGUAUUACCCAAGAAUGUACUAAAGGUUAGGGGAAGUGAGGGAUGCUUCGCACGCGCGAGCCUUCGAACAAUCCGAGUUUUCUCUUAGUUUGAAAAGUGCUAGUUCCUCAUUUCUUAGGCAUUAGAUAGAUUAUCAUAAAACUCAUCUUCACUGCAAAAAUAGACAACAUAGCCCUUCUUUCCUAGGUUCUAGAAUCACAAAUGCAAAAAAGGCCCAAAAUGGGAAAUUUUGAUGAUUCACAUUUCGUGUGAUUUCUCACAGUCAAAUUGAUUUUCAGAAAUAAUCACUUACAUCAAUAGAUGAAGGGUUAAUCUGGGUUGAUAUUUACGUAAUAUUUUUUGCAUCAGAGGAAAAUUAUUUUCCGAGUGGCGAAAAAAUCCUAAAUACUACACUGCGUAUUGGUUCAACUACUGAAAGUGUUAUGGUUCGCCAACUCAUCAGGUAACUCCAGCAGCUUAAACUCACAACAUAACCUCAAAGAGGAAAACAAAAGAAAAGGAAGAUGAAGAAAAGACAGCUGAUAAAUUUUUAGGGUUGUCACAUUUGAAAUUUUCACAUUUCAGUCGAUUUUUCAACAUAAAUUUGCAAGAAAAACAGUGCUUCAGAAAAAUUAGAAGAAAACUGUUUUAGAUACCUUCUUUUAGUGAAAUAAUGGUUUCCGUGGAUUCGUGGAACUUAAAUCUAAUAAUCGGUAAAUAAUUUUUAAUUGUGAGCAAGAGUUAUUCCAGGAAAAAAUGCAAUGACGAACCUUAACAACCCAUCGUGCGAAUCUUGCCUCCACAGGCAAGGUUCGCACAAAUCAUCAUACUUUUUUCAUUUUUCUGUCCAGAAAAAGAACAGAUUUUACGGCAGUGAAUAAGGCACGCAUAGAAAGUUAAAAGACCACAGAUUCUUGUGGUAUAGCGCAAUUGAUUGUCCAUUUUACCGUUCAUCCAGAAAAAAAUCUUGAAUAUUCACUUCCAAAAAGCGUGCGAACCAUCCCUCACUUCCCCUAGUUUCCAAAAUUCUACUAUACAGGGUUUCUAUAAAAAUUUGCUUUUUUUUGUAUCUAAAUUUAAUUUUUCAUAAUAUUUCUUUUUUAAUUCUUAUUAUGCUUUAACUUGCCCAGAAUUGAAAAUUGUGAGAAGUUAAGGUGCGAACUCGUGGUUGUCGAUGGAAUGAUUGUUGAAAUACACACCAUGUCUCAAUGGUGCGUUCAAUAAAUUAAAAUAUAGUGAUACCCAUGCGUAUGUAUAUGUUGGGGGGUCUUAAAGUUGCAAUUGUAUGGUUGUCUUUAAACAGGUUUUAUAUAUUUCUUCCAACUCCCCAACUGAACUUUACGUUUGAAUCGUGCUAAGAAAUUUCAGUUGUCUCUUUGAAUUUGUCGUGCGAUGGUCGACUGUGCUGUUGGCCAAGAUUAAAAGAGAGAGAGACCAAGUGUAAGAAGUAGAAAAAAUAAAAGAAAGAAAAAAAAAAGAUUGGACAAAGUGAAUUGUACGCGAAUAUUUAGCAAUAUAUUCGGGUGGCAUUGUUGGGGAAAUUUUUUUUUUGAAGAAGGUUGUUGCAUGGAUUUGAGUGCCACAAGGGAAUGUUAUUUAUUGAAACUUAUUUAUUUUUUUUUUUAAAUUUAUUUAUUCCCUGAAUUUAAUAAGACAAAGUGAUGUUUGUUGAAUUUUUUUUCUAAAGAACUUUUUUUUGUUGUUGAGGGAUGUUUGUGCCAUUAUUAUGAAUAAAACUAUUUUUGUCAUUUGGGUGGAUGAAAGUUGACCCAAUUGUAUGAACCCGGAACUCAAUUUGCAAACAGUGUCUCACCGUACUCUCACAUCUCUUGUCUCUCAGUGACGGUAUAAGAAAAUAGGUAUUACAUAAGUGUUGCACAAAAUCAAUGAAAAGAAAACGAUACAAGAAGCUGUGCUUGGAAACAGAAGAAAAAAUUAAAAUAAUUGAGUGAAGUGAUUAGUGUAGAUAAGGAUGUCUUCAACAAUUCCCGUUGUCUGGUGCGCAGAUUCCAGUGUUGAUGGUGGAAAGAAACCAGCGGCUUUUGCUCUCCAUGGCAUUCAAUUGGAAGGGAAUAUCACAGAGAAGCAUGUGGCUGUGAUGAAGAAUCUCGUGGCUGCAGCUGCUGAAGGACGAUUAAUCCUUCCAACGGAUUCAGCUAUGGUUCUCCUGGACUAUGGACUGAGUGUAGAAAGUAUAGUAAUGGGUGGGAAGUCAAAGGAUGAAGAAAAUCUAUGUUGUGCAAAAUGUUGCUCAAGAAAAAAUCCUAAAAUUGUAAAAGAUAGUAGACCAGAUGAUAAAAGACGUCGGAAAAGUGUCUUGAAGAAUGACGAGCAAGAGCCAUCGAGUUGUUCUAGUCGUAAGACCAGUUUUGACUCACUAUGCACAGUGAGUUCCUCAGAUUCUGGCUUUAUUGAAGUCACAGCCAACCAAGAAACUGAGAACGAGGUAGUUAAGAAAGCAGAUAGAGCAAAGAGGGAAAUUGUUCAGCAAUCUCACAAUAGAAGAAAAUCUCUUGAAGAAUUUCGAGCGAUACUUAGUGAAUUGGAUACAGAACCAUGUACAUCAAAGGCUGUAGUUAAGUCAAAUCAAAAUUCAAGGAAAAAGAAGGAGGAUGAAGAGAAGAAACUUAUUUACACAAGAAAACUUACAUUGUACGACAAACUUUUGAGUUAUGGAACAAUUUAUGAUAUAACUUUAAGGAAGAAUGAGAUUAAUAAGACAUACAGAAAGUAUGACAAAUACAUGACUUAUGGGACAAUAUAUGAGAUCCUUAGGAGGCACUCUUUGGAGAGUUAUGGGUCUUUUAUGAGAAAAAGAAGGAAAUCCAAAACACUAACUGCUCCAAAAUCUCUAACUCCUUCCACAAUCUCAAAUACAUUAGAUACAGGAUCAUGUGGAACAAUUUAUGAUAUCCUUCAAUCUCUGAAACAAGAUACUCAACCGAAGAAAGUUGUUAAUAGAUUUUCUGUUGAGAAAGUGGCAGAAAAAGUCCUAGAAGAUGGACAAACGGAUCGUAAGGAAGACAAGAAGAAAAAUACAAGACGAUUCUCAAGUAUCCUUUCACCAACAGCUACGCCCAUCCGUCCAAAAAUACCAGAAAUCUGGAAUAUAUUUGCACAGGAUGAUAAUCAGACACAAAGUGAGGAGGUUUAUUCGAGAAUUAAGCGUAAUGGAGAGGUCAGUGGACAGAUCUAUAAGAGCAAUUCACUGGAUAUUCUGGCGGGAGGUGAAGAGGAGGCCGGAGGCGCAAGGAAGGCGCCGGAGAGUGCCAUUAAAUUCAGCGUUAAUCAGCAAUUGGCGAAGAAAAGGUGGCCAUCGGUGGGGAAAAGUAACACAAGACGAUUGUCGGAAUUCACACGGGGAGAGUUUCUCAAUGAGAAGCUGUAAGUGAUGUUUUGAACUCUUUUUGAAUAUCUCACACCAGAGUUGAUUGCAUUUUAGAUUAAGAAAUCAUAAAAAAAAUUGUUUUAUACACAGACUGACCAAAAAAAUCCUGUUUAAUGGCCCCUACUUUGUGAAAAAUCGUCGUUAAAAUGUAGUAUUUUGAAACAUUUAAUACAAUUUAAAGUUUCAAAUAUCCUCAGUUGUAUCAUCAAGUCGGAAAUCUGUAUUUUCUUUGUAUCUGCAUUUAUUGCAAAUUACUUAUCGUUGCGUAGUCGUUUACCCAAUUGUUGAUAAAACCUACGAUGUGCAAGUUAUUUACUUCAAAAUGCUUCAUUUUGAGAAAAAUGUCUCACAGUUUGUAGAGUCCUUAACUCUUUCGCAUCACACUUUUAUUCAGCAAUUGAAUUCAUGUAAAAUUGCGUUUUUUCUAAUGCUUUAUGAUCAAAUAUAAUAGUUCUGAGAGGAAAAAAAAAUUCCAUUGCGUGAAAACUCGGAAAAACUCCGGGUCAUAUAUGUCCCUAUUGUCGGCAAGGGAAGUAUACAUACCAUUUUCAAAAUCUAUAUCACGGGCCUUUUAAGAGUUUUUUUUGCUUGAAGUUAUUAAUUUGGCCAAAACCAUGGCAAACUGGAUUGUCUUAAUGAACACUGUACUCCUGGUGUUCAAGGAAUCUUCCUGGUAAUCCCUUGAACUGUCUCUGUCACAAUAUUUUGAUUGGUAUUUGGCAAAAAUAAACUUAUCUACAUAUUUAUUCACACACAAUACAAUUGCACAAUAUGGGAAGCUUGCAGAAUACUCUAAAAUAUUGCAAAUUAUGUUAUAAUUCAUCAGAUAUAAGAAGAAAUGUCCAGGAGUAAGAUAUUUUCCUUUUGGAUUUCACAAAGAAAAACAAUGUCCUAACUGUCCCAACAACAUUGUUGGCACAAAAACACUUUCAUAAACUUUUCCCUUGCCGACAAUAGGGUCAUAUAAGACCCGGAAAAUUCUACGCGCUUUUCUGAAAAAUUGAGAGUAGUUUAUAAUAUCGAAAUAUGCAAUAUACAAUCUUUGGAUAUUCUAUUUUAUGCUUCUAAAGAACUUUUUGCUGAAAACAAUAAAUGAAUAUAAAAAA